GCCAGUCUCCUAAAGGAAAAAGACGUCAGCCAGCUGACAAAGGGUUGAACUCCGCCUAACCGCCAAACUCCGACGCUAAGCCCAAUCAGGUAGAAACUGUCACCCAUGAUGCAUCAUGAUCCCAUCUAGCGGUCCGGAAUUAAGCGGCAAUGUUGAAAGCCAAAAGCUUGCCAUUGUCGUGCAUGCAUCACCUGUGAAAUUGAGCGAUGUGAUUGGUGCUUUCAGAAUCUAAAUCAUGUAAGUUUAGUCGCAAGGUCCAACGUUGUUGAAACAUGAGGUGACUGUAUCAAGUAUAUAAGCCAACCCUUUGUCUACGAACUUGAGGAAUCGGAUCCCCUACAAGCUUCUUUCACAUCACAAUCUUAUCCCUCAAUAUCUAUAUAUCAUAUUCCAACACAACAUGUCUCGAUACUCUGCUGCACAUGAAAACCCUCAAGGUCCUGGCGACGCCAGACCUACUGCCCUCCAGAUCAUCAAAGAUGAGGGCGUCGAGGGCAAGCUCAAGGGCAAAGUCAUGGUCAUCACUGGAACUUCUUCUGGUAUUGGCAUUGAGACCGCCAGAGCUCUUGCAAAAACUGGAGCCAAGUUGUUCUUGACUGCAAGGAAUCUGGACAAGGCAAAGAAAGCCUGUGAAGGAUUCUUCGAUGCCAGUCGAAUGGAGUUCAUUGAGCUCGACCAGACUUCCUUCGACAGCGUUCGUGCUGCUGCCAAGAAUAUCUUGGAUAAAACCGACAAAAUCAAUAUUCUAAUUGAGAAUGCCGGCGUCAUGGCUGUCCCAGAACUUGAGUUCACGAAAGAUGGCCAUGAGAUGCAGUUCGGAGUCAACUACCUCGCACACUUCUUGUUCUUCGAGCUUCUCAAGCCAGCAUUGCUCGCGGCCGUGACUCCCGAGCUUAACUCCCGAGUCGUGGUUCUUGCUUCAUCGGCACAUCAACAUGGCGGUAUCAACGACUCCGAUAACUAUAACUACCAGAAAGGCGGUUACGGACCAUGGGUCGCCUAUGGUCAGUCCAAGACGGCUGAUAUCUACCUCGCCAAUGAGAUAGACCGUCGAUAUGGUGCUCAAGGCUUACACGCGACAAGUGUUCAUCCCGGAGGCAUCAUGACCGAGCUUGCAAGACAUGUUCCCACGGAGCACCUGCAGGCUCUUGCCAGUAGUGACACGGCUAAAAAGAUGGUGAAGAACCCGGAGCAGGGAGCUGCGACGACAGUCUGGGCGGCUAUCGGCAAGCAGUGGGAAAACGCUGGAGGAAGGUAUCUGGAGAACUGUGAGGAGGCCCCUCCAGCUAAGCAGAUUGUUCCUCACUUCGGCAAAGGGUAUGCGCCACAUGCAUAUGACCCAGAGCGCGAGGCUCGACUUUGGCAGGACGCGCUCAAGAUUGUUGGUUUGGCUUGAGGGUUAGACGAUGACUACGAGGGUAGAUAGUAGAGUCAAUUCAACUCGGUGUUGAUCAUUUCCAGACCGCCAUGGUGAUCACCUAUACUACCUUCACCCCGUUCCAUGGGGCGGGCUGUUGCUAU